AUGAUUCGCGGAUAUAUGAUUGGAAAAAUAGCCAAGGAUCUCGGGCUGGAGGCGAGCAGAUUGUCUGCUCGUAAGGCUAGUAUUGACACAGAAGGGAACCAAAAACGUUAUUGUGAUAUUAAUCUAAGUACAGAGGACUUGAUUGUUGCCGAGAGGAUUGACAGAGUGGGGCUUUGUGGCAAGAAGGCUUCGUGCUUUUUACAACAAUAACUUGCAUUAGAGAAUUAUUUGGAGCUUCAACGUAUUAGUCUUCAUGUUCAAGAUGCAAAUGACAUUUACAUUUGCAUUUACAUUUACAUUUUAGUCAUUUAGCAGACGCUCUUAUCCAGAGCGACUUACAGGAGCAAUUAGGGUUAAGUGCCUUGCUCAAGGGCACAUUUACGUCAUUUAGCAGACGCUCUUAUCCAGAGCGACUCACAAAUUGGUGCAUUCACCCUAUAGCCAGUGGGAUAACCACUUUACAAUGACAACUUCCCACAAUUUAAUGAGGAUUUGAUUAAGAUGGAAAUAAGUGAAUCAGCAGCCAAAGGUGCUCGUUUCUUAUUGGAGGUGGCUCAAGAUGCAGAUAAAGGACAAAAUGCGGUUCAAGGAUAAACAUUAGACAAGAAUGACAAUUUUGUUUUAACUGAAAUACAUUUGAGCUAGUUUUAGAGAAAGAACUUGAUCAUGAACAAAGGCAGGAGUUCAAAGUAUUACUGAGAGCGAUAGAUGGAGGUAUUCCCUAGAGAUCAGGUACUGUAGUCAUUCACGUCACUGUACUGGAUGUUUAGCCAGGCCUUCUAUAAUACUAGUCUACCUAAAAAUCUCUCCUUUAGAUACUGUAGUGGUUACAGUUAGUUCUACAGAUGCAGAUGAGGGAGUGAAUGGGGAAGUGGCAUACUGUAUGACUUCAAUCAUGUUUCACAUGAGGAUAAGAAAUGUUUUCAACCGACAAACUGGAGAACUUAGAGUUAUUGGCACAGUUGAUUUUGAAGAAGUCUCAUCAUUUGAAUUGCGUGUUAAAGCGAAGGAUGGUUUAGGGUUAGCUUCAUAUGCCAAAGUGAUCAUAGACCUGACAGAUGUAAUUGACAAAGCCCCUGUGAUAUAAAAUAAUAAUAAUAUAUCAUUUAGCAGCUUUAUCCAAGCGAUACAUCAUGCGCAACUUUGGUGUAUGGUGGUCCGGGAUCGAACCACUACUGCGUACAGCGCGUGGUCUACCGAAGACCAUAUUAUUAAAGAGGGCGCACUUUUUUAUGGGGUUUUAUAUUAUUUUUAUUUUAUCCAGUCGGAUAAACACUCCAAACAGCCUACCCGACCGCUCGGAGGCAUCCGCAUGGUCCUAAAGCACACGGUUGACUCAUUUUCUAUCACAUUCCAAUGAUAAAACUGGGGGGCACAAAAAUGCAAUUUCUGAAUGUGGGAGCGAUAUGUCUCUUCCAUCCCCAGUGAAAGUUGUGCCCCUGAUUUAAAGUCUCAUAUUAACCACAUACCCGAGAACGUGUCACCUGGUACAGAGGUGGACAUCAUAAACGUGCAGGAUAGACUCUGAGAAUAACCGACAGGUCUGCUGCUCCAUUCAGCAAAACGUUCCUUUUAAGCUGGUGCCAUCCAUCAAAAACUAUUAUCCUCUGGUGACCACGGGCGAACUGGACCGUGAACUAGUGUCUGAUUACAACAUUACAAUCACUGCCACCGACGAGGGCUCUCCGCCCCGGCCCACAGCUGAUGUCAACGACAACCCACCUGUGUUUGAGGAACAGUCCUAUAGCGCCCACGUGACUGAAAAUAACAAACCCGACUCAUCAUUGUGUUCCCUUACCGCACGAGAUCCAGACUGGAGACAGAACGGUACAGUGAUUUACUCUCUCUUACCCGGUGAUGUGAACGGUGUCCCAGUGUCCUCGUUUUUAUCCGUUAAUGGAGACACGGGGGUGAUCCAUGCUGUGAGGUUGUUUGAUUAUGAGCAGUUCAGGAGCUUUAAAGUCCACGUCGUGGCCAGAGACAACGGUUCUCCUCCACUCAGCAGCAACGUGACCGUCAGUGUGUUCAUAACGGAUGUGAAUGACAAUUCACCUCAGAUACUAUAUCCCGCCCCGGAGGGGUACCCCUUCAUGACCGAGCUGGUCCAUAAAGCUUUGCACGGGGGCUCUCUGGUUUCCAAGGUGAUAGGGGUGGACUCGGACUCCGGCCAGAACGCCUGGCUCUCCUAUCAUAUAGUCAAAUCCACUGAUCCAGGACUUUUCACUAUUGGCCUCCACAGCGGAGCGAUCAGGACACAGCGUGACAUUUCUGAAUCUGACAGCAUGAAACAGAACCUUAUUGUUGCAGCCCUCUCUAUCUGCAACAUGUGCCAUGUAUUUACUGAUUUCUGAUAACUUGGCUGAAGUGCCAGAACUGAAAGAUAUAUCUUAUGAUGAGAGCAAUUCCAAACUCACCUCUUAUCUGAUCAUCUCGCUGGUCUCCGUCUCCACCUUUUUCCUCACCUUCAUUAUUGUCAUCCUGGCCGAGAGGUUUUCCCGCAGGAGAAAGCCCAGACUGUUGUUUGACGGAGCGGUCGCCAUCCCUAGCGCGUAUCUCCCUCCCAACUAUGCAGAGGUGAAUGGCGCGGGAACUCUCUGCAGCAGUUACAAUUAUGAUGCGUACCUGACGAUGGGUUCGAGCACCAGUGACUUCAAGAUCUUACAAUGAAAACACGGACCAGACUCUGAGAAAAAACCCAACUGACUUUAUAGAAACGUUUGACGAUUCUGAGGGCUCCCCAGAGGUAAGGCUUGAACUCUAAAUAAAAAUAAAUUAUAGAUGUAUUGUAUUUAUUUACAUUUACGUCAUUUAGCAGACGCUCUUAUCCAGAGCGACUUACAGUUAGUGAGUGCAUACUGGCCCCCCGUGGGAAUCGAACCCACAACCCUGGCGUUGCAAACACCAUGCUCUACCAACUGAGCUACAUCCCUGCCGGCCAUUCCCUCCUCUACCCUGGACGACGCUGGGCCAAUUGUGCACCGCCCCAUGGGUCUCCCGGUCGCGGCCGGCUACGACAGAGCCUGGAUUCGAACCAGGAUCUCUAGUGGCACAGCUAGCACUGCGAUGCAGUGCCUUAGACCACUGCGCCACUCGGGAGGUUAUUUAUCAUAGAAUAGAUGCCAAACUUUUCAUACAAUUACAGUUAAGCAGCUUUGUACAAUAACGCAUUUUUUGAAAUUGAGAAAAUCAUGUAGCCUAUUGAACAGGAGUACAUGAAUACCACAGCUUGUCUAUAAGGCAACUUGUUCAUGCUUUAGGUUUGAUGCAAUUUGUAAUGUAAUUAUGAUUUUUUAAAUCACCUCACAAUUGAACUAGAAAAGAUUGAUGCUACUGCCUUGAGUUGUGUGGUUUGAGUAUGCGGUUUGAUUUGUGAUGGUUCUGUUUGUGAUUGGUUUUGUUCUUUGACAUGCACACUGCACAUGUUUGAGGUUAAAAUGUGUUACUAUUACGAGUUUUCCCUGUUGGAGUGGAGGCCUUUUUGGGAAGGGAUUACGAAAAACAAAUACUUUAUGUAUACAGCUAUUAAGACAGUGAUACGUGGUGUGAUAGUGUCUGAAGUGCAGCAGCAUUGCUGUGCCACUAUCCAUGGGGCUGAAAUCCCAUUUGUAGCUUGCAGUGUAUACUUCUUAUUGCUGUAUCACUGUAAUUACUUUAAUUCAUUGCCAUACUCUCUGUUUUUGUAUAUUGCAUUGAUGAGUGUUCACUAAAAUACCAGCAUUAUACAUAUGAUACUUGGAAUGUAGAACUAUAGCCUAAUUUAUCACAGAUGCCUUCCUCUGUGCAAUGUAUUUCUUCUACCUAAUAUUAACUCAUGAAAAUAGUAUGAUGAUGCUUUGAUUGCCCUAAUUCAUGCUUUAGGUCUUUUAUUGCCGUUUCCUGUGUUUCUUUUUGGUUAUUUCUAUAAGCUUGGGGUGAUUUCCCCUGAAUAGUUACAGUAAUCAAUCAUGCAUUAGGCUAUUUAUUCAACACAUCUGGUGAACAGCGACCCAGUGAGUAGGCCUACUGUUUAGACACUACACAUAUUAACAAACAGUCUUCUAAAUCUAUAUUUGGUGAAAUAGAAUCUACAUUUUGUGAAACAUAGAUUUAGAAGAAUGUUUGUUAAUACAGUAUGUAUGUGUAAUAUCUAAUGAGUACUCGCUGUGUCGCUGUUCACCAGCUGUGUUUGGGUAGAUCCAGUUCUCCACCCACUGGUGGUGUUACAAGACUCAGAUGCCAUUUAGCUGCGGAAAAGAUUGGAAACGGUCAGAUUUCUGGCACAUUUGGUGUAUUUAAUUUAGAUCAUAGUGAAUCUUUUGUGGAAUACGAUUUCUUUACAUUGUAAUAUUUAGGCUUUUCAACGUUUUUAAUGCCAGGAUGGGGCACAAAGAAAUAUCGGUGACAGGCCUGGUCUACUGCGUUGCUCUCUUUCUUCUUACACUGCAUUCCGUGUGUGGAGAUGUGAGCUAUUCUUUUCCGGAGGAGAUGAAACGCGGAUCUGUAAUUGGAAAUAUAGCCAAGGAUCUCGGGAUCGAUGUGCGCAGACUGUCCGCUCGUAAGGCUCGUGUAGAUACAGAAGGGAACCGUAAACGUUAUUGUGACAUAAAUCUGAGUACUGGGGAUUUUAUUGUUGCCGAGAGGAUUGACAGAGAGGGGCUUUGUGGAGAGAAGGUUUCAUGUGCUCUAAAAUUCGAGUUUGUGCUUGAAGAUCCACUUGAGUUGCAUCGAAUCACAUUGCAAAUUCAGGAUGUUAACGAUAACACGCCUAUUUUUCCAAAGGAGUCUAUCAAGCUCGAAAUUAGUGAGUUGGCUGUCAAAGGCGCUCGCUUUCGUGUGAAUGCUGCCCACGACGCAGAUAUAGGACAGAACGCAGUGCAAAACUACAUGUUACAAAGGAAUGGCCAUUUUGUGCUGAAUGUUCAAACCAAUACGGUUGGUAGUAAAUACGGUGAGUUGGUACUAGAUAAAGAACUAGACCGCGAGGAGCAGCGGGAGUUAAAAUUAUUGCUUACAGCUGUAGACGGUGGCUCUCCGCAGAGAUCAGGUACUGCAGUCAUACACGUCACUGUACUAGAUGCUAACGAUAAUGCCCCAGUGUUUAGCCAGGCCGUCUAUAAAGCCAGUCUGCCGGAAAACUCUCCUUUAGAUAUUGUAGUGGCUUCAGUGAGUGCUACAGAUGCAGACGAGGGAGUGAAUGGGGAAGUGAUGUAUGAAUUCAGUCGCAUUUCUGACAUAGCCAGAAAACUAUUUGCAUUAGAUCAGACAACUGGAGAAAUUAGACUAAUAGGAGAAAUAGAUUAUGAAGAAGAAGCUAAACAUGAAAUAAUUAUUGAAGGGAAAGAUGGUUACGGUCUUUCAUCUGACACUAAAGCGAUUAUAGACAUCACAGACAUAAAUGACAACGCCCCUGAGAUAUAUCUAAAAUCUCUGAGUAACCCCAUACCUGAGAACGCGUCACCUGGUACAGAGGUGGGCAUCAUUAACGUGCAGGACAGAGACUCUGAGAAUAACCGUCAGGUCCGCUGCUCCAUUCAGCAAAACGUUCCUUUUAAGCUGGUGCCAUCCAUCAAAAACUACUAUUCUCUGGUGACCACGGGCGAACUGGACCGUGAACUAGUGUCCGAUUACAACAUUACAAUCGCUGCCACCGACGAAGGCUCUCCGCCUCUUUCCUCCUCUAAAACUAUUCAGUUAUCUGUAGCUGACGUGAACGACAAUCCACCUGUGUUUGAGGAACAGUCCUAUAGCGCCCACGUGACUGAAAAUAACCAACCCGGCUCCUCCGUGUGUUCUGUUACUGCUCGAGACCCAGACUGGAGACAGAACGGUACAGUGAUUUACUCUCUCUUACCCGGUGAGGUGAACGGUGUCCCAGUGUCCUCGUUCUUAUCCGUUAACGGAGACACAGGGGUGAUACACGCUGUGAGGUCAUUUGAUUAUGAGCAGUUCAGGAGCUUUAAAGUCCAAGUGGUGGCCAGGGAUAACGGUUCUCCUCCGCUCAGCAGCAACAUCACCGUCAGUGUGUUCAUAACGGAUGUGAAUGACAACUCUCCUCAGAUACUAUAUCCUGCUCCGGAGAGGAACUCCUUCAUGACCGAGCUGGUCCCCAAAGCUGUGCACGGGGGCUCUCUGGUUUCCAAGGUGAUAGCGGUGGACGCGGAUUCCGGACAGAACGCAUGGCUGUCCUAUCAUAUAGUCAAAUCCACUGAUCCAGGACUUUUCACUAUUGGUCUCCACAGCGGAGAAAUCAGGACACGGCGGGACAUUUCUGAAUCAGACAGCAUGAAACAGAACCUUAUUGUGGCAGUGAAAGAUAACGGACAGCCCUCUCUCUCUGCGACGUGUGCCAUGUAUUUAGUGAUUUCUGACAACUUGGCUGAAGUGCCAGAACUGAAAGAUAUAUCUCAUGAUGAGAGCAAUUCCAAACUCACCUCUUAUCUGAUCAUCUCGCUGGUCUCCGUCUCCACCUUUUUCCUCACCUUCAUUAUUGUCAUCCUGGCCGUGAGGUUUUGCCGCAAGAGAAAGCCUAGACAAUUUUUUGACGGAGCGGUCGCUAUUCCCAGUGCGUAUAUCCCGCCCAACUACGCAGAGGUGGAUGGAGCGGGAACUCUCCGCAGCACUUACAAUUAUGACGCCUACCUGACUACGGGGUCACGCACUAGUGACUUCAAGUUCGUCAGAUCCUACAAUGACAACACGCUACCCGCGGACCAGACUCUGAGAAAAACGCCAACAGACUUUGCUGAAGAACUUAACGAUUCUGAGGGAUCCGCCGAGGUAGGCCUUUCCUGCAAAUAGAAAUUGAGGAGAUUUGCUUUUAAUGUUUUAAGAAUAUUAUUUCACAGCAAGUUCUGUACAAUGAGAGAUAAAAUGCAACGAUUCAAUCCCCUUUCAUUUCAAAGGGAGACAUUUUAUUGAUGUUGAAAUGUUUGUGUUGUGACCGGUUUAUUGUGCUUGUUUUUGUGAUUGAUAAAUUGGCUGGAUACUUGUACGGCAUGUACGCUGUACAGAUGUUACAGAGAAUGUGUUCAUGGUAGUUUUGUAAAUUUUGGUUGGUAGUUAGGUAGCCUAUUGUGGUACAGUUUACUUGUAGACCUGUUUGUAUAGAAUCAUUUAGCGAGCUAAAGUGAUGAGAAAAUCAGCUAUAACUCAGCAGUAAAAACAGCAGCAACUCUAAACGAUUUGUGCUAUCCGAGAUCCUUGGGGCGUCCCUACCCUAAACCCUAACCAUAACCAUAACCAUAACCAUAACCCUAACCCUAACCCUAACCCUAAUCUAACCCUAACCCUAACCUUAACCCUUACCGUAAUCAUUUUAAACGUGAACUUCAGUGUGCUAGGGACGUCCCAAUGAUUCCACAUAGCAAGGACCAACUCUGAACUGAGUGUGGCUGUCCGAGGUGCUGAAAUCAUGUAUUCAAGAGCGGUAAGACUAACUAGUCAUUAUUGUUUGAAAGUUAUCACUUUGCUUACGUCAGUAUUUUUAUGCAGGACACAGAUGAAAGACUGCUAACCUAAAGACCAACAGCAACGUACUAUGGUUUAUUUGUGGUGGUUUUAGGUUAUAUCCUGUCUUUCUAUUCGGUUAUUCAUUGAUCUAAAGAGAUGAAUGUAUCGAAUAGUUGAUCAAGAAUGCAUGUAGCCUAGCACGUCUUUAAUUGAAAUGCAUUCAGGACGAUAUCAGAUCAUUUGUGUAAUUUCUGAAGGGUACUCACUGUGUCGCUAGAUCUGGUGCCAUUUCACUGCAGAAAGUAGUGGAGACGGUCAGAUUGCGUACAUAUUUUGUUGAUUUCUUUCUUCUUAUGUUGCACUCUGCCUAUGGAGAUGUGAGCUAUUCUUUACUGGAGGAGAUGAAACGCCGAUCUGUUAUUGGAAAUAUAGCCAAGGAAUCUCGGGCUGAUCGCGAGCAGACUGUCUGGUCGUAAGGCCCGUAUUGAUACCGAAGGGAACCAACAACGUUAUUGUGACAUUUAAGUGGCAAUCAGCAUUUGCUAAAUCAAGUUUUGACAUAUACAUUAAUGUGUACCCAUUGACCCGUGGUCCUCUGUAGCUCAGCUGGUAGAGCACGGCGCUUGUAACGCCAAGGUAGUGGGUUCGAACCCCGGGACCACCCAUACACAAAAAAAUGUAUGCACGCACGACUGUAAGUCGCUUUGGAUAAAAGCGUCUGCUAAAUGGCAUAUUAUUGAUUAUUGAAGAAUAUAACUUAUAAAUGCCCCAUGAGCUUAGUUCAACUGUCGUUCCCCAUCAGAACUCUAAAUAUAAGCUAUUUAUUUACUCUGUUGUUUGUAAACAAAGAAAAUGUAAACGAACACUAUAUAGCCUCUCAACAUGGUUAAAACUAUACUUUUGAGAGUGGUUAUAUUUCUCCAGCCCCAUCACUCAGCUAUGUUAUUGUUUCUACUGCUUAUUGCCGCUUUAAUCUGAGUACCGGGGAAUUGAUUGUUGCAGAGAGGCUUGACAGAGAGGGGCUUUGUGGCAAGAAGGCUUUGUGCAUUUUUAAAACAGGAUGUUCAAGAUAUUCAUGAUAAUUCCCCAGAAUUUAAAAACGACAUAAGUAAAAUUUAGAUAGCAGAAUCUGCAAUUAAAGUUGCGCAUUUUCAUUAGAUGAGGCCCACAAUGCAGAUAUCGGGCAGAAUGGGGUCCAGAGCUAUACAAUGCAAACAAAUGGCCAUUUCGUUUUGAGCAUUAAUGCGAAAAGUGGUGGACGCAAAUACUGUGAGUUAGUCUUAGACAAAGUGUUAGAUCUUGAACAUCAGCAGGAGAUAAAAUUGCUACUGACAACUGUAGAUGGUGGCAUUCCGCAAAGAUCAGGUACUGUAGUCAUACACAUCACUGUACUGGAUGCUAACAAUAAUGCCCCAGUGUUUAGCCAGGCCGUCUAUGAAGCCCAUCUGCCCUUUAGAUACUGUAGUUACAGUGAGUGCUACAUAUGCAGAUGAGGGAGGAAAUGGUGAAGAGACGUACGACUUUGACCAUGUUUCAGAUGAGGAUGUUUAACUAUUCUCGCUUGAUCCUAAGAAAGGGGAAAUAAGGGUUAUUGGGUCAGUUGAUUAUGAAGAGGGGUCGUCAUAUGAAUUGCAAAUUAGAGCCAAGUAUGGGCCUGGGUUAACUUAAUAUUCUGUAUUAAUUAUAGAAAUAACCUACAUAAAUGAUAACGCCCCUGUAAUAUAUGUAAAAUCUCUGAAUAACCCUUUACCUGAGAACGCGUCACCUGGUACUGUCACGUCUCCUCCCGUUGCUCCCCUCCCGCGCUCUGAUUCGCCGGUCUACUGAGCCACCGGUCUGAGCGCACCACCUCGGCAACACUGGAAUGGAAACCGAAACCGAACGUGCAGGAUAGAGACUGAGAAAACCGAUAGGUCCACUGCUCCAUUCAGCAAAACGUUCCUUUUAAACUGGUGCCAUCCAUCAACAACUACUAUUCUCUGGUGACUACGGGCGAACUGGACCGUGAACUAGUAUCUGAUUACAACAUUUCGAAUCACUGCUACCGACGAAGGCUUUCUGCCUCUGUCCUCCAACAGAAUUAGCUGAAGAAAUGGAUGACUCUGAUGGCUCCCCAAAGGUAGGACUUAUUGUAAAUAGAAAUAAACUACAUUUGGUUUAAUAAUGUUAUGGAAUACAGCUAUAUUUUCAUUCAAUUACAGCUAAGAUGGUUUCUACAUUUUUUCCACUGAAGAAAAUCAUUCUCCCCAAUGGGCCUACAGGAAUGCGUAAUUUAGCUUGUCUAUUUAGGCAACUAGUUUGUUCUCCACGUGUGAUGUCAUUUACAACGCAUUUCAAUCCCCUUAAAGUUGUAGUGAGAAAUCCAGGGAUGCUAAUAUUAUGUGGUUUGGUUUGUCAUGUGGAGCCUACUGUUUGUGAUUUCAUUUUUCACAUACACACUGUACAGUUUUGAGGUUACAGGAAAAGGGUUGAUAUAGGAGUUUGGCUCUUUUCGAGUGAAGUGCUAUUUAGCUCGUUUUUGGAAGAAGAUAAAUACUUUAUAUUGAGAGCUAUUUACACAGUGAUGAGAGUAGCGGUGUGAGAGUGUCUGAAGUGCAGCGUCCUCGCAAUGCCACUGUCCAUGGUGCUGUAAAUGCAUACAAUCCGAUUUCACGCCAAUAAGAUUUACUGAUUGUUUAGUGUCUCAACGGUCAUUUCUUGCCAUACUCUGUUUUUCUGUUAAUGGCACUGAUGCUUUUGUAAUGGCUGAAGGAGCGGCACUAUAAAUUGCAUAGCCUAAGUCUGUUAUUUGCAUUGUAGCCUACAUCCUAUCAGAGAUGUGUUCUCGUUUGUAAUAUAUUCAUUCCACCUGAUCUUAACUCAUAUCAACAGAAUGCGGGUUAAUGGCAAUCAUUUAUGGUUUUGUGGUUUUAUAUACUGUCGUUUGCUGUUCUUCUCUUUUGUUAUUUCCAAUAGUUUAUCAAUCAAUUCAGCCUAGGCUACUCAUAGGCCUAUUGAAAUACUUUUGGUGACACAUAUCAACGAAUGUCAGAUAAUGUGUAAUAUCUGAAGGGUACUCGCUGUGUCGCUAUUCACCAGCUAUGUUUUUAUAGAUCCAGUUCUCCACCCACUUGUGUUGUUACAAGGCUCGGGUGCCAUUUAGCUGCGGAAAAGGUUGGAGACGGUCAGAUUGCGUGCACAUUUUGAGGAUGUAAUUUCGAUGAAACUGUAUUUUUUUUAUGAAAUAUUAUUUGUUUGCAUUGUAUAGUAUAUUGGCUGUAAGGUGUUUUGACGUUUUAAUCCCACAAUGGGGCACAAAGGAUUUUCGGUCGCAGUCCUGGUCUGCGGCUUUGCAUUCUUUUUUCUUACACUGAACUCCGCCUAUGGAGAGGUGAGCUAUUAUUUUCCGGAGGAGAUGAAACGCGGAUCUGUUAUUGGAAAUAUAGCCAAGGAUCUGGGGUUGGAGGCGAGCAGACUGUCCGCUCGUAAGGCCCGAAUUGAUACCGAAGGGAACCGCAAACGUUAUUGGGACAUUAAUCUGAAUAGUGGUGAUUUGAUUGUUACCGAAAGGAUUGACAGAGAGGAGCUUUGCGGAGAAAAGGUGUCAUGCCUUCUGAGCUUUGAGUUAGUCCUAGAGAAUCCUCUUGAGUUACAUCGCAUAUCACUUCAAAUACAAGAUAUCAAUGACAAUUCACCCAUAUUUCCAAAGGAUACAAUUAAACUGGAAAUCAGAGAAUCAGCUGACAAAGGAGCUCGCUAUCGUGUGAACGCUGCUCAUGACGCAGACAUAGGACAGAAUGCAGUUCAAAGUUACAUGCUACAAAGGAAUAGCCAUUUUGUGUUGAGUGUUCAAACCACUUCUGCAGGUAGCAAAUACGGUGAGUUAGUGCUUGACAAAGAAUUAGACCGUGAAGAGCAGCAGGAAUUACAAUUAUUGAUCACAGCUGUGGACGGGGGAACUCCGCAGAGAUCAGGUACUGUAGUCAUACACGUCACUGUACUGGAUGCUAACGAUAACGCCCCAAUGUUUAGCCAUGCCGUCUACAAUGCCAGUCUGCCGGAAACAUCUUCUUUAGGUACACUAGUUGUUACUGUGAGCAGUACUGAUGCAGAUGAAGGAGUGAACGGCGAAGUAAUGUAUGAAUUUAGUCGAAUGUCUGAUAAGGCAAGUAAAAUGUUUACAUUGGACCAGAAAACGGGGGACAUUACAGUAAUAGGGGAGUUAGACUAUGAAGAGGAAUCCAAAUAUGAAAUGUUUGUAGAAGGAAAAGAUGGUUAUGGCCUUUCUUCAGACACUAAAGUGAUAAUAGACAUUACAGAUAUAAACGACAACGCCCCUGAGAUAUAUCUAAAAUCUCCAAGUAACCCGAUACCUGAGAACGCGUCACCUGGUACAGAGGUGGGCAUCAUUAACGUGCAGGACAGAGACUCUGAGAAUAACCGUCAGGUCCGCUGCUCCAUUCUGCAAAACGUUCCUUUUAAGCUGGUGCCAUCCAUCAAAAACUACUAUUCUCUGGUGACCACGGGCGAACUGGACCGUGAACUAGUGUCCGAUUACAACAUUACAAUCACUGCCACCGACGAGGGCUCUCCGCCUCUGUCCUCCUCUAAAACUGUUCAGUUAUCUGUAACUGACGUCAACGACAACCCACCUGUGUUUGAGGAACAGUCCUAUAGCGCCCACUUGACUGAAAAUAACAAACCUGGUUCCUCUGUGUGUUCCGUUACUGCUCGAGACCCGGACUGGAGACAGAAUGGUACAGUGAUUUACUCUCUCUUACCCGGUGAUGUGAACGAUGUCCCAGUGUCCUCGUUUUUAUCCGUUAACGGAGACACUGGGGUGAUCCACGCUGUGAGGUCAUUUGAUUAUGAGCAGUUCAGGAGCUUUAAAGUCCAAGUGGUGGGCCAGGGACAACGGUUCUCCUCCGCUCAGCAGCAACAUCACCGUCAGUGUUUUCAUAACGGAUGUGAAUGACAACUCUCCUCAGAUACUAUAUCCCGCCCCGGAGGGGAACUCCUUUAUGACCGAACUUGUCCCUAAAGCUGCGCUAGGGGGCUCUCUGGUUUCCAAGGUAAUUGCGGUGGACACGGACUCCGGCCAGAACGCCUGGCUCUCCUAUCAUAUAGUCAAAUCCACUGAUCCGGGACUGUUCACUAUUGGCCUCCACAGCGGAGAGAUCAGGACACAGCGGGACAUUUAUGAAUCUGACAGCAUGAAACAGAACCUUAUUGUGUCAGUGAAAGACAACGGACAGCCCUCUCUCUCUGCGACUUGUGCCAUGUAUUUAGUGAUUUCUGAUAACUUGGCUGAAGUGCCAGAACUGAAAGAUAUAUCUCAUGAUGAGAGCAAUUCCAAACUCACCUCUUAUCUGAUCAUCUCGCUGGUCUCCGUCUCCACCUUUUUCCUCACCUUCAUUAUUGUCAUCCUGGCCGUGAGGUUUUGCCGCAGGACAAAGCCCAGACUGUUGUUUGACGGAACGGUCACCAUCCCCAGCGCGUAUCUCCCUCCAAACUACACAGAGGUGCAUGGCGCGGGAACUCUCCGCAGCAAUUUUGACGCAUACCUGACAACGGGUUCAUGCACAAGUGACUUCAAGUUCGUCAGAUCUUACAAUGACAACACGCUGCCCACGGACCAGACUCUGAGAAAAACUCCUACUGAUUUUGCAGAAACUUUUGACGAUUCUGAGGGGUUCCCAGAGGUAGGCUUGAUUUUAUUUUAUUUAUAUUUUCGAAUUGGAAACUCAUUGUAGAAAGAUGAGCUCCGAGUUUCCCACUUGGAAAGUGUCAGAAUCAACCAAUAGGAAUCUCUACGCAAAAAACGUACGCAAAGUUUUACUCAGAGGUUCUGAGUUUCCGAGUUGUCUUGAAUGCACCAUAUUGGGCAACUUGUUCAUGCUUUAGGUUUGUUGCUAUUGAUGAUAAUGUAUAUACCCUCAAAAUUGAAGUGA